AUGGUGUUGACUUAUGGGAGAAGAAUAGGGAAGAAGGUUUAUGGAUCUGAGUUUAAUUGUGCACAGCACACCAGGAUAUCCUUUGUACUUGCAGCCGUCACCACCCUCAAACCACGACUCCUUCCACCAUCCCCUCCUCCUUCCUUUAUCUCCCUCAUGUCUUCUCCAAAAAUUCAUCCCGCAACCUUGGUCACUAACAUCAAAAAUUGUGUACCGAUUCAACUUGAUGAUGAAGGCACUCACUUCAAUACUUGGUGCACUUUAUUCAAACUUCAUUGUCAUGCUCAUCUUGUUGACGAUCACAUUAUUGCCGGUGACGACUCCAAAACAUCCUCUACCGAUCCCGAAUGGCAACGACUUGACGAUAUCGUUCGACCUUGGCUUUAUGCCACUAUUACCCAAUUCAAUGAUAUCAAACUUUGUGACUUUUCCAAUGUCAAAGCCUAUUGCACCAAACUCAAUAAUAUUGCCACUACUCUCAACAAUCUCGGCACAUCCAUUACUGAUGAUCAUUUGGCUAUGCAACUUCUUCGUGGCCUUUCCAAAGAUUACUAA